AUGCCCGGCGUCUUUCCUCCAAAGGGAAAAACCCCAGAGUUUGCCACCCCUGCCAAGCCCGCGUCAUCCACAAGAUCGUCCUCUAGCAAAAGCAACAAAGUCCGAUCUCCAAGCCUAAAUCCACCAGAUGAGUUCCCUCUUGGACGCCCUCCAAACCCAUUGACCCCGAAGAAACACAAAAAGAUUAGGAAUCCUGAUUACAAAGACCGCCUCGAUCAGUUUGUAGCUUGCUACCAUAUCGUCUGGACCGAGCGUGCGGGUGAAGGAGUUCAAGAAGGAUAUUCUGGCGCCACCUUCGAGUUUCGCAAAGAUGAGCGUAAAGAGCUGUUUGGAAGAUAUACCACCAACUACAAAGUCACCUUCCAAUUUGGUGUUCACGAGGCUACAUUCUCUUGCGUGGCUACUACGAAGGAAGAGGAAAUGUUCAGCAACUUCAAGUUCAUCUCCGCUAACUAUCCUCUCGAGGUACACAUGAAGGAGUUCGGUUUGGACUAUACAGCAUUCAAGUUCAAAUUCGAGGAGGAUACACUUGAUGACGAAGGCUUUCCGUUUCUGGCUUGGCAUACGGAUUGUGCGGGAUAUCUCAUGACCAAGCGUUCGGAGUUCGGAUGGGCGAAGAGAAUGUGUGACCGUCCGUUGAGUACUGAAGAGAGUGAGAGGCUGAAGAACGUGCCACACAAUUCAGUGACCGGGGACUGGGACGAAUAA